CGUAAGAGGUGAAAACUGUUUUCACAACAAGACAGAAGUAGAGACCGAGAAUUAGUAAAUCACAUUGGCAAAUGCCUUUCGUAUAUAAUGAUCCUAAAAAACCUGAGUGUCCGCUCUAAUGCAAGAAGGACGUUGUUGAUUUUCGUGGAACACUGCGCUUUGCUUUUUUGACACUCGGAGGGAUACUCAGUCAUCUUACCAACACCUCGGUUGGUGAUCCUUUAGCUGGACCUGUUCAUCUUAAACAUACUUUAAAGGAAUCCUGCGGAUGGAACUGAGUUUGCUAAAAUUUUUGUGUUGGGUUGACUUUUUUCCUUUCCUUUCCUUUACUUGAUACCUGUUUUAAAUAAAGGAGAGGACAAAAAUGAUGACAAUGCGACGUACAAAGACUCUGAUAAUUAUGGUCCUGACUAGCAGCUUUUGUCUUGUAAUAUUAUAUUCAAUGCUAAACCUGCAAGUUACUCAUAAUCGAAGGGAAGUAGCGGAAAUACCUGCAGUUACCACCAAAAACCUAGUUCUAGCAACCAGCACCAUUGGUAUCAAAGAUAACAAGAGCACUGAACAUCCAACAGAGUCAAAAAGUGGUCCACCCUCUAGUACUGCAGCAGUUCAGCAAGUCACUGUUUCUGAGAGCUUCAUAAAGGAUAUUCCAAAAAGCAGCGCCUUCUGGAACAGGAAAAUGUACUCAUUGUUUGGACAGCAGCCCAUUCCGAUAAAUCUUACAGGAAAUGAACUUGUGAAUGGCUCUCAAUGCCAUCCUGAGAGCAUUGAGUCACUUCAAAUGAACAUACAGGAUUUGAGAUCUUAUCCUGAGCUCUACCAGGACUUCCUUCAAGGUAUGGAUUGUCACAGUCCACAGAUUCUAAUUGACCAGCCUAACAAGUGUGCCCCAGUUGGUAGCAAAGGUCAAGUUUUUCUUCUUUUUGCUGUCAAAUCUACCCCAAGACACUUUGAGAGGCGACAGGUUAUCAGAGACACUUGGGGAAGAGAGGGAGUGUACCAGGGGGAGUUGAUUGUGAGAACAGUCUUUCUGUUAGGCAGAACAUCUGUGGAUGAUCCUAAUCUGGAUAAGCUAAUCACUUUUGAGGCUAAGGAAUAUGGUGAUCUACUCGUUUGGGACUUUCAAGACUCGUUUUACAAUCUUACCCUGAAAGAGCAUGUGUUUUUUAAAUGGACUCUAUAUCAAUGUCCCCAGGUGUCCUUCAUUUUCAAAGGUGAUGAUGAUGUUUUUGCUAACACACCAGCUAUCCUUAGUCAUCUACAAUCUUUAGAGCCUGACAGAGCUUCCAAAUUAUACGCUGGUCAAAUAAUCUCUGAUGCAAGCCCAUUAAGAGACAUCAAAAGCAAAUAUUAUGUCCCCCAGUCAUUCUAUGAAGGCCCUUACCCAACCUAUGCUGCUGGUGGUGGGUUUCUCUUCUCUGGAUCUCUUCUUAAACCUCUCUACAUCAUCUCCCACUACAUUCCUUUUUUCCCCAUUGAUGAUGUGUAUACAGGGAUGUGUUUUAAGGCCCUUGGCAUCUCAGCAGAAAAGCAUGAGGGCUUUCAGACUUUUGACAUUCGUGAACAGGAUAGGGAGAAUGCAUGUGUGCACAAGCACUUGCUCCUGGUACAUCAGCGGAAUCCACGACAGAGUAAAAGACUUUGGAGGAACAUGCACAGUCCCUUGCUAACAUGCUGACUAAGAGAGCUAGCUGGUCUUGAAACCCAGACAGUCUCAGUCUGCAUUUAUGUUGUAAUUACACUGAGACUAGGAGGCGACUGAUUUUUUAAUAUAUAUAGAAAAUACAGUUUUUGCUUUAGCUUAUAAAUUUCCUGAUUACCAUAUCUGGUAAAUCGGCCUGUAAUGCUUAUUUAUGUUGCAGAUAAUGCUGGCCCUGAUGUAAAUGUCUUAUGUGCAACUAUUGUUGUUUGAAAACUAUACGACACUGAAUUGCAUUUGAGUUGAAUCAUGUAAAAUGUCCUGCAUUUGAAACUCAGCUACAACAGCUGCAUUUGUCUCAAAUUUGUGAAGCAAGUUUAAUGAGUCAAAACUGUGACAAUGCAUCACAUGAUGAUGUUGGAUGAAAUCGCUUCAAAUGACUGGUCUCACCGCAUUAAUGGACAAUAAAAUAAAACGGUAGAUGGUUUAUUGGGCAACUGAGAAGCAUUAACUUUAUGUAAGUUGGGAAGCUUUUCAUUUUGUCAUGAACCAUGGCAUCAACCAUGUUUCUUGAAAUUACCCAGCUACAGUAAUAGGUGUUCAAACAGCUGCUUGUGACACUGUUCAUUUUUUUUAUCCACCUGCUAUGAUAACAGUCUAUUUAGUUAUAUUCAUUUUGUACUCUCUUGAUGCCCUCUAAUUUUACACAGAGCUCAGAUUCCUUUGGCAUCCAAAGGAUGAAUAAUAUUACAGAAAAGAAAACAGAUGAACUGCUUGUUCUUAUGUCACAGAAUGACAUGUUAAACAACAAUUUCCAAAGGGCUGAUAUAAACACAACAGACUCACAUAUAUAGUAGAGAAUCCUAGAUGGAUAGAUAUAUAGGUACAUAGAUAUAGAAAACUGAAUAGAAACAACAGCUGGAAAAAUAGCAUACACUGAAAAUAAUGAAAUAUGUAAAAAAAAUAUGUGAAUAGUGGAUGACAUUAUAUAGUAUAUCAGAAAAAAUAUGUGCUGAUAAUGUGAUUAACUAGUGGAUUAAUCAAAUGGGUUGCAUUUUUACAGUUAUAAUUGUAUAAUUACAAUCACUGUUAAGAAUAUAUAGACAUUAUGUUGCAAGCAAAUCAGCAGAGGCCUUAUGAUUUAAGCAAACUAAACAGAGAUUUUACUUGUCAAACUCAAUUCAUUUUCUAAUUAUUUAUGAUUUUUUUUUAAUCCUAGUAUUAUUUUAAUCCCUAGCCAGGGCCCACUGGCAGCCCCAAAGUUUUAUUGCACACUUCUAUAACCUAAGAAUAACUCAACUACUUUUCAACUGCAUUUGUCACUCCUGCUACCAGUUUGCAUAAUGAUAAGAACUGCACUACCUAGAAUCCGUCAAGGUCGCGUGAGGAGGAGCUCUUCCCUUCUCUCUUCUUCACCGGAAUACUAACUACUCACAGCUGUGUUAAUGAUCACCUAACUAAACUAGUUAGUAUUUAAUCCAGGUUUUAGUACUAGUUAUUUGCAAAGUAUUUCCAGUUUUACCUGCCUUACUGAGCGUUAUUUACCGGUUCUGAUACUCUGUUUGUUCUGAUCUUUUUGCCUGAUCUGUUUGACCCUGAUUUUUGGACUUCCCCUGUUUGUACUGUUCCUUGGAUUACUGCAUUAUUUGGCUGUUGACCUUUCGCUUGUUUCACAGACUGUGCCUUGCCUUGCCCUCAUCUGUUAUGAUUGCCUGUAUUGUUCUGCUGCUUACCCUGGAAUUGACCCCUGUUUGUCUCCUGACUAAUCUAUGCAAUUAUCCCAGUAAAGCUUCUGUUUUGCUUCUUA